UCGCAACAAAUUCGACAAUACCGAUUGUAUCUUCUCUCGCUUCGCCGUUUCCCUCUCUCUUCAUCCACAAUGGCCCUCAAGGCCGUUCACGUCUCCGACGUUCCCAACCUCGAUUGCGUCCCCGACAAUGCGUCUUUCGCUCUUUACGCGACGCGAUUCUCCAAAGGUGUGGAAACGGAGAGAGCAACGUCGUUUAAGGUGCCCAAAUUCCUGGUGAUCGGGCACAGGGGGAACGGGAUGAACAUGUUGCAAUCAGCGGAUUUGAGGAUGAAGGCAGUUAAAGAGAAUACAAUCCUUUCGUUCAAUACUGCUGGAAAACACGCCGUUGAUUACAUCGAGUUUGAUGUUCAGGUGACCAAGGAUGGCUGCCCCAUCAUUUUUCAUGACAACUUCAUAUGCUCCGAGGAAAAUGGAUCAAUAUAUGAGAAGAGAGUCACAGAUUUGUCACUGUCUGAGUUCCUCACCUACGGCCCUCAGAGAGAGCCUGGCUUGGAGGGGAAACCGUUGUGGAGGAAAACAAAAGAUGGAAAACAUGUGAAUUGGACCGUUGAAUCCGACGAACAUGCCUGCACUCUCCAGGAGGCAUUCGAGAAAGUAAACCCUUCUUUGGGUUUCAACAUUGAACUGAAAUUCGACGACUACAUCAUUUAUCAGCACCAGCAUCUGACCGAUGUGUUGCAAGCCAUAAUGCAAGUCGUUAUUGGUCAUGCCAACGAACGGCCAGUUAUAUUUUCCACCUUCCAGCCCGAUGCUGCUCUAAUCAUCAGGAAACUCCAGAACACCUACCCUGUGUUUUUCCUCACUAAUGGAGGGAACGAGAUCUAUGAGGAUGUAAGAAGAAAUUCCUUGGAGGAAGCUAUCAAACUGUGUUUGGAAGGCGGUCUAGAAGGGAUUGUGUCCGAGGUGAGGGGCAUCUUUAGGAAUCCGGCAGCAGUCAAGAAAAUCAAAGAUCUAAAGCUCUCUUUGCUCACAUAUGGCAAAUUGAAUAAUGUGGCUGAGGCUGUGUACAUGCAACAUUUGAUGGGGGUGGACGGGGUCAUCGUGGAUUUGGUGAAGGAGAUAACGGAAGCAGUGUCGAAGAUGAUGAUGAGGCCGAGUGGGGGUGUUGUAAUGGAGGGAGAGGAUCAGGUUGUAGUAGAGGGGACAAAGCCUCAGUUCUCACAAAGGGAGCUGGAAUUCUUGUUGAAGCUCAUUCCUGAGUUAAUACAGCAAUAAUGAUGAUACACACCACCACCAUUGUAUGAUAGUUGAUUUCAGGGAUUAAACUAGUGUUUCUCUGUGUGGGUGUGUGUUUCUAGGGGAAGUCUGUAGUUUGUUGCUUUGCACAUAAUUCUUCUUUUCUACAUUUUGAAGGUAGGAUGAUUAGCAAUGAGAAUAGUGUGCUCUAUUUGUAUCACUACUUGGGUGAUGUCUAGUGAUUUUCUUGUUGGAAAUCCUAAGUCUUGCUCUCUUUUCUUACUCGGGUUUUAUGGCAUACCCCUCUGUGUAAUGUAACAUUUGUAGGGGUAAAUUUGAUUACUUUUUCUCUCAA